AUGAGACUGCGGUCUCGAGCCCAAUCCACCAAGAAUACGCAGCAGCAGCCGUCACAAACUCAUGUUAACGGUGAUAGUACACAACCACAUCACGUCAAUCAAGAAGAAGGCCCGAACGACGCGAACGACGAGCAUACAGACCACUUCAAUUACCUCUCGACGAGCUUGCUGGAUAUGCCAACCGACUUGAGUCUUGAAUUGGAUACCUCCUCGUUACAAGCCGAUAUUCAUCCUGCAUUGAGGGCUCCAUAUGGUGCUGCAGGGAGUCUCCACGCCAGUCAACCGUCCUGCCCUCAACCUCCAUCUCAUCUGAGAAACGCUGAACAAGGGGGACAGACACGCUGGAGUGACGCUCCCAGUCAUGAACCUUCUGACGAUCUGUACGACUUUUCAUUACCCGCCACGAUGCGGUCUUCCUUUCCCUCGACCUAUAACAGACAUCGCCCAUCUCUGACUAGAAACAUGUCCCCUCAGCGUGCAAACCAGCAAGCGCAAGAUGACAUGAUGGUGGACUUUGAUCAAGCAGGAGAGAACUUAAAAGAAGCCGACGGCAAAGCUUCACGUCCAGAUUCUGGCUACGGUAAUGAAUUAUCUCCUUCCGACCUACUACGGUCACCUUAUGGGGACGCACCAGAUCCAGACUCAGAGCUGCAGGGCAAUCCCCAAGAUCAGGAGGAGCCCUCAAAUUCAAUUCCUGAGGAACAUCACUCAAAUCUGACUUCCUGGAUCCGCAGACUGUCGGACACCAAUGUGCAGCUUCACCAGCACAUGCAGUCAAUACCCCUCGUUGGUACCGGGCAAAGGACGCAGGGGAGUAGCUCAGGAAACUCUCUGAGCCCGAAAGAACUUCCAGUGGAUUCCACAUUUAAAUUAUCAACUCAAUACACGGGUCUGUUAACUAGCAUCUGCGCUCGACUCGAGUCAUGCAGAUCAUGCAAUGAUUCCGAAACACUAGCACAACUCGCAUUGGAUCAACCGUCACAGUUGCUGGUUCUGUCUAGCUACAUGUGCCUCCUCGCGUCCUACGAUAAAAUAUUACAGCACAUCGAGGCGUGGUUAGAGGUGCGGCUGAAGAUGGGGGUCAGAGGUAGCGCUCCGACUCUGGAUGACGACGAGAGCAGCUUCUGCUUUCCGACCCAAUUGCCAAGCCUGGCCGUUGGUUCCUUUGAGCUGCCCAAGACCUCGUCGGUGCAGUCCCUCGUGCUGACGUGCAUUAUGGAGACCAACGUGAUGCACAUGCAUUCUCUGAUUAGCGAGAUUAUGAGACCUGUAUCUAAUACCGCCGCCGGAUCAGCGUCAAAGGCUGCCACUUCAGGUCCUCCGGCUGCAGAGAAGCGGCCCAUGAAUGGGAUUGCAGAUCCCGGUGAUGGGCUUUCUACUGUAGCAAAAGUGACCCUGCAGGCGAUUGAAGCCAAUGAGGAUUCCACACUACAGCUCGUGCAUACUGUGUCCAAACUAGCUCUUCAGCGUGUUAUGCUCUGA